AUGCUCAGAGCAUGUGUGAUCGACUUUGGCAAUGGAUGGGAUAAGCACUUACCCCUAGCAGAAUUUUCAUACAACAAUAGUUACCAUACUAGUAUUAAAACUGCCCUGUUUGAGGCACUUUAUGGGAGAAAGUGUCGAUCGCCUAUGUGUUGGGCUGAAAUAGGAGAUAGUCAAAUCACCAGGCCCGAAAUUAUACAUGAAACCACUGAGAAGAUUGUUCAAAUCCAAGAAAGGUUGAAAGCGGCAAGAGACCGCCAGAAAAGCUAUGCUGACAUUAGGAGAAAACCAUUGGAAUUCCAAGUUGGUGACAAAGUCAUGUUAAAAGUAUCACCAUGGAAUGGGAAAUGUCUAGCUAAUGAGAACCUUGUUAUUCCUCUAGAAGAACUCCAAUUGGAUAACCAAUUGCAUUUUAUUGAAGAACCUAUGGAGAUAAUAGACCGAGAUAUCAAGAGGCUGAAACAAAGUCGCAUCCCAAUAGUUAAAGUUCGGUGGAACUCUAGGCGAGGUCCAGAAUUUACAUGGGAACGUGAAGAUCAAAUGAAACAGAAGUAUCCUCAUCUUUUCUCAACUCCUCCAAAGACCACAGCAUAA